AUGAGCACCACAGAGUGCAUAAACCCAACAACACUGAAGGUCACCACCACGUACCCCACCACUAUCUGCAUGACUGAGACACCAGUGACGACAACCAGUGCCUAUACCACCACUACUAACACAGGGACCACUGGUACUUACUUUACCACUUCCAAGCCAAUGACAACAACAAAAUCAACCACAGUCAGCACCACAACUGGAGCCACCACCACCACAGACAGCACUCCCACCACCACAUAUACAACAAAGACGACAAACACAGAGACCACUCCCACAACCACAACCACCACAACACAGAAAACAACAGAGGCCGUUCCCACAACCACAUCCACUACAGCAGAGACAACUACAAACACGGACACCACAACCAUGACCACAUCAACUGCUACAACGCAAACCACUCCCACGAUCAACACAACGACAACCACAGACACCACACUGACGUCCACAUCAACCACCACAACAAACACUACUCCUAUGACCACACCCACCACAGCACAGACUACUUCGACCACAGAGACCACUAACAACCACCACCACACAGACCACUACCCCAACCACAUUAAUCACUACCACAGAGAAAAACCCCACAACCACAUUGACCACAACACAAACAAGCACCACCACGGAGACAACUCCCAACACCACGCCCACCGCAACACACACAACGGCCACAGAGGCAUCUACCCUGACGGAAUCUACCACAACACAAACAACCACCACACCGGAGACCAUUUCGACAACCACAUCCACCACAACACAGACAACCACUACAGAGACCUCUACCUUAACCGAAUCUGCCAUAACACAGACAACCACCACACCAACCACAGCACAGACAACCACCACCACACAGACCACUACCCCAACCACAGUAAUCACUACCACAGAGACAAACCCCACAACCACAUUGUCCACAACACAGACAAGCACCAACACAGAGACAACUCCCAAGACCACGCCCGCCACAACACAGCUACCACAGCACAGACAACCACCACCAAACAGACCACUACUGCAACCACAUUAAUCACUACCACAGAGACAAACCCCACAACCACAUUCAGCACAACAAAAACAAGCACCACCACAGAGACAACUCCCAAGACUAUGCCCACCACCACUACUCCAACCACAUUAAUCACUACCACAAAGACAAACCCCACAACCACAUUGACCACAACAGAGACAAGCACCACCACAGAGACAACUCCCAUAAACACGCCCACCACAACCCAGGCUACACCCACAGAGACUUCUACCCUGACUGAAUCUACCACAACACAUACAACCACCACACCAGAGACCAUUCCCACAACCAUAUUCACCACAACACAGACAAAUACUACAGAGACCUCUACUUUAACCGAAUCUACCACAACACAGACAACCACCACACCUGAGACCACUGCCACCACCUCAGCAACCACAGCACAGACAACCACCACCACACAGACCACUACCCCAACCACAUUAAUCACUACCACAGAGACAAACCCCACAACAACAUUGACCUCAACACAGACAAGAACCACCACAGAGACAACUCCCAAGACGACUCCCACCACAACACACACAACGAACGGAGACCAUUUCUACAACCACAUCCACCACAACACAGACAACCACUACGGAGACCUCUACCUUAAACGAAUCUACCACAACACAGACAAUCACUACACCUGA